GAGAGCGGCAGAGGGAGCGCAGCAGCAGGAGCGGAGACCCAGCAGCGCCCUUCGCCGCGGAGAUGUACCGCUCCACCAAGGGGGCCUCCAAGGCUCGGCGGGACCAGAUCAACGCGGAGAUCCGGAACCUGAAGGACCUGCUGCCCAUCCCCGAAGGCGACAAGCUGCGCCUCUCCUACCUGCACAUCAUGUCGCUGGCAUGCCUCUACACCAGGAAGUCCGUCUUCUUCCCCAAAGGUGCCGCCGCCUGGGAAGCGCUGGGAAGCCUGCUCUCCGGCCAGGACUUGGAGGACUUCGUGCAGACGCUGCCCGGCUUCCUGCUGGCAUUCACCGGCGAAGGCAAACUCAUCUACGUCUCCGAGAACGUGGCCGAGCACCUGGGGCACUCCAUGGUGGACCUGGUCGCCCAAGGAGACAGCAUCUACGACAUCAUCGACCCCGUGGACCACUUCGUGAUGAGGCACCAGCUGGCCCUGCCCUCUCCCGCAGACCCCCACCGGCUCUUCCGCUGCCGUUUCAAUACUUCCAAGACGAUCCGUCGGCAAAGUGCCGGCAAUAAGCUGGUCCUGAUCCGUGGGAGGUUCCACCAGCCCCCGCCGGGCUCCUACUGGGCCACCAAGCCCAUCUUCAUGGCCUUCUGCACUCCGCUGGACCCCAAGCCCAGGGCCAGCCCGAACUCCUUCUUCUUGUCCUCCUUUGAGAGUCACCACACCAAGGACCUGGCCAUUGUGGACAUCGCUGACAGUGUGGUCUUCCACUUGGGAUUUGAGAAAACGGAGCUGUUCUGCAAAUCGUGGUAUAGCCUGAUCCACCCGGAAGAUCUCGGCCACGCUUCAGCCCAGCACUGCCGGCUGCUGGGCGACACGAGUGAGACGCAGGCCGAGAUGGUCAUCCGCCUACAGACCAAAGGUGGCCUGAGCUGGAUUUGGGUCUAUUCCCUGCUCCGGGUGGAGAAUGCUGAGGUGCCCAUCGCUGGCCACAACUAUAUCAUCAGUGACUCUGAAGCCGGCUGCCUCAAGCAGCAGCUGUCUGCGGAAGAGACCCAAGUGGCCACCUAUGUCCUCGGAAGCUCCCCGCCCUUCCUGGAAGGCUUCCUUUCUCCAGGACAGCUCUCCAGCCCCGACCAAGUCUUCUCGCCCCUGGUGGGCACCCCGGCCAGCAGCGCUGCGGCCCCCGCCUUUGACUUUGGGGCCACUGCCGCUCUGGACUGCCCCUCGGGGUUCGCAGAGACCUCUGCUGCCGGCCUGCCCCCGGAGGUGAUGGCAGAGCCCGGAAAUAUCUCCUCCAUGGAGGAGGCGCCCGGCUCCAGCCUCGGCCUCCUUGGCAAGGGCCCGGCCUUCAGCUACGUCGUCUUCCCGACCAGCUACGAGCCGCCUGUGCGGAGGGACCCCCCGGACGGCUCUUCCAGAGACUUGGUCUGCACGCCUCCCUACACGCCCCACCAGGGCUCUGCCUUCCUCUUCGGAGCCCAGGAGGCCCACGCUCUGAGCACCGUCCCCAGAGCUUCGCCCCCCGUGGCGGUGGCAGCCAGUGCCCCUUCCUCGGCCUCCGCCUCGGCCACCGCCACUGUCCCCAGCGCCGCCACCACCACCACCAGCACCACCACCACGACUUCCGAGUUGUUCUACGCUCAGGAACAAUGCAGUGCUCUCUAUGAGAAGUUACCGCCUACCCCGGACAGCCCUGGUAAUGGGGACUGUACCGUCAUGACCUUGCCCGAGAUCAGAGGUCCCCUCUAUAUCGACGUGCCCAUGGUGCCCGAGGGGAUCCUGACGCCAGAGGCCUCGCCCAUCAAGCAGACCUUCUUCAGAUAUUCUGAAAGAGAGAAGAGCGAGAUUGAGCGGCUGGCCCAGCAGAUCAGCUGCCUGGCCGAGGCCUUCAGCUCCGUGGCCUCCAGAGAGCUGGCCGAGGGCAGCCAGGCCUCCCUCGGCGGCUCUGGGCCGGUCGCCGUGCCGGACGUGUGCUUGGACUUCCAGCCCCCCAGGAAGUGGAGGAAGAUGGAUUUCUCCCUGCUGGCCUGCCCAGAGGAAGGGCUCCUGGGAAAGGAUGCUCUCGAGACCCUUCUCCAAGACCUGUCCAGCUCUCUCUUCGAGAAGGGGGGCGCAGGUAUGAGGUGCCCUCGCCACCAGUUCUGCGGUGGGAAUGUCAGUAGUCCACUCCACUUGGACGCCGAAGAUAGCAGCCAAGCGGCCUUGGCUCCCUCCCCCCACAUGGACCUGCCUCCAGAAGAGCGAUGCUUUUUGGAAGAACUGGCCUCCUGUGAAACAGCCUUUGAGACACGUGCCUCAAACUCUCCCUGUGAUGGGUUAGAUGAGUUGUAUCAACUCCAGAGUCACAUGCAAGACGGCUUCCAUGAAGAUGGAAGCGAAAGUGACCCUUCGUUCUGAAAUAAGUCCGUGACUUACUCCUCCAAGUAUGGCAUAUUGUCAUAUCCCAAGGACCUUCUCCUCCUCUUCCUCCUCCUCCUCCCGAAACUGCUGGGACGCGCUCAAAGGAUCAACCGAGAGGAUGUGUCUGUGCAGCAUCCCGGCAUGCGGGUUUUAGGAGAAGGACUUUUGUUGUUGUUGUUUUAUACAAAAAAGAAAAAUAACAAAAGCAGAAAUAUUUUUUAUCUUAAUUCCGAGACAUCGAAGUGAGGGUAGCUGAUCAGAGCUAAGGGAAGGACCAUUGUAAGUGGACUUACACAUGUUACUGUAUUCACUCGUAGUGAGUAAACUUGUACGUAAUUUACUAAGCUGGCUGGGGCGGGGCCUUGCGCCAGGCUGCUCCCAGGCGCCAGUCAACGCUGAGUUGGAGCGGAGCCCCUGUGGGGCCGCCUGGGGCCGUGGGGGGGGGAGUCCCUUCCCUCGCAGCCUGUGUCGUCCCCCCCACCGCCCCCCGGCAGAGAACAGAAUGACUAGGUGGUAAUUGAACCUACUCCAGUAAGGGCCCAUGGCUGGCAAUGCGACAUCCCUCUCCUCUCUCUCCUCUCUCGUGCUGCCCUCCUCUCCUCCCCUGCAUGGCUGUUCCCAAAGGAGUCCUAAAACCCAACCUUCAGCUCACCCAGAUCCGAUGGGGAGAGUGGUGGUCUCUUUAUCUCUCUCUUUAUUUCUGUAUUUCUCCUGCCCUGGGGGGCUCUUUUUGUUUCUCAGAACCGCCCAGGGAGACUUUGCCAUCUCUCCCCCGUGGCUGGCCACCUGUGUCCCCCUCCGUCUUAUCCACUUUCUGAGCCGGGAUGCGUCCCGGAACUGACGAGAGAGAUCUUGCAGGCACUGGGUGGCUGUUUCGGAGAACUGAGGAGUCUGUGGACGCAGUGCCCAGGGAGGAACGGAGGUUACCGGCCUUCAGGCUAGGCUGCAAAGCCACAAGGAAGGCUGGCUCUUUGCUGGCCUUCCUUUCUUCCUGAGCCUCAGGGCCAACAGGUGGGGAAGGGCAGAGCCCCUGCUUUGCACACAGGUGGUCUCGGGCUGAAUCCCUGACAGCAUCUCCAGGUAGGGCUGGGAAAGAACCCUGCCUGAGGUCCCGGAGAGCUGCUGCCAGUCAGUGCAGAGCGAGAUGGGCCAAGGGUCUGACUCAGUAGGAGGCAGCUUCAUACCUAGAGCAGCAUGUUGCUGCUUGAUGGAAUAGGCGACGCUUAGCUGGUCCAAAGGAUCCCUUGUGGAUGGCGGUGCCUUUGAAGACUGCAGCUGAGCUCCUCUUCAGUCCAGUCACUACAGAUCUCUCUGUCAUCUCCAGCCUCCCUAGCUUUUUCUCAGUGGCUUUCUGCAGAUUUCUAAACCACGAGAUUUAUACACAACAGGUUUGCUUAUAACCUGAUUUCAUUCCUUCUGGUCAAACCAAAGCAUGUCCUGCUGCAGCAGGACCUGCAAUGUCCCCGAUCACAGUGUGAGCUCCUUGGGAUGACUUCUUGGAAGCCCAGACUUCCCCAAACCAUCCUGCAAGGAGCCACAGCCGUGGUGGUGCCAGGGGGCGGGAUGGAAGAGGGAUGCGUGUAGAUAUAAACACUGAUUGAUGGCUCUCUAGAUCACCAUUUUUGAAACCCAUGAUUUUGUAAGGGACCUUGUGAAACUCUCCACAAUUCUGCCCCACCCGUUGUGGGUCAGCCAGUGGAGAUCUGUGCUGCUGCUUCCUCCUCCUCCUCCUCCUCCUCCUCCUCCCCCCCUUUUCCUUGUGGCUUGUUCAAAAACCAAAUCCUCGAAAUGGGUGCCAUCCCCUCCCUCUGAGCGGGGGUGCGGGUGGUGCUGCCGUGGCUCACCGUAGAAUUCUCUACGAUCAAGUAAGGGGAUUGAAUCCUCUGAAACUGUUAUGAAUUUGCACAUUGUCAAAAUGUGGAAUGUUGUAAAACAACUCUAAUGUACAUUUGUAGAAACAGACCAAAAAAGGAAGACUGGGUGUGCUUUUUUCUUUUAAAAAAGACAACUACCGACGUGUCUGCUUUUGGAGCUCUGUGACGUCAUGUGCUGUGAAUUCUUGGCCUAUAUUGGGUCUUGAUGUGAACACUUUGGAAUACAAUUUUAAAAUAAAAAUGGAGAAAAGAUGAAA